CAGGGCUGGCUCUCAGGGUUUAGCUGUGCUGUGUGGGCUGGGAUCAGACCAGAGGACCUCCUGCUGCUGACCUAGGGCUCCAGGAACCCUCAGAUGACUGGGUACUGCUCCUGCUACAGCUAAGGUGUGAGGUAUAAAAAGGACAGUGAUGGGAGGAGACAUCUCAGAGUAAUCUUAGAGAGAAGAUGUGGUCUUCAAGUAAGGGGAUUUGAUUGUCUAAGGAAAUAUUUGUGGCCUUCAAUUGAGGUGAUCUUGGAUUCCACCUGAACCACCAAGAUCUUAUUCAUUUGGUUAUCAAGCAGAACACAUUGGUAUCUCAUAUCUUCUGGAGGUUUAUUAUUUCGGGUUGGAAGGAUGUAUCAAAGUAUAGCCAUGGCUGCCAAUCAUGGCCCCCCAUCGUAUGAGUCUGCUGGAAGCUUCAUGCACGGUGGGGCGGCUACCUCCCCUGUCUAUGUGCCUACUACCAGGGUCACCUCCAUGAUCCCUACUUUACCUUACCUCCAGAACAGCGGCUCAUCCCAACAAGGAAGCCCAGUGUCCAGCCAUAACAUGUGGGCACAAGCUGGUGCGGAGUCCUCUGCCUACAAUCCAGGAUCUUCCCACACCCCAGUGUCUCCCAGGUUUGCAUUCUCCUCCAGCCCCCCCAUCACUGCUUCUUCAUCUAGGGAAGUCUCCUACAGUAGCCCCUUGGCGAUCUCAGCGAAUGGAAGAGAGCAAUACGGUAGAAGUUUGGGUGCCACUUAUUCCAGCCCUUACUCAGCAUACGUGGGCCCAGAUAUGGGCACUGCUGCUUGGACUGCUGCACCAUUUGAUACCUCCAUGCUUCACAAUCUACAGAACAGAGGCCCUGGUACCCCAAGACACCCAAAUAUAGAGUUUUUUGAUGACUUCUCAGAGGGAAGAGAAUGCGUUAACUGUGGGGCAAUGUCAACCCCCCUGUGGAGGAGGGAUGGUACUGGCCAUUACCUGUGUAACGCCUGCGGACUGUACCAUAAAAUGAAUGGAAUCAACCGACCUUUGAUCAAACCACAACGAAGGCUGUCAGCUUCUCGCCGUGUUGGUCUGUCAUGUGCCAACUGCCAUACAUCAACCACGACACUCUGGCGUCGAAAUGCAGAGGGAGAACCAGUGUGUAAUGCUUGUGGACUCUAUAUGAAACUGCAUGGGGUACCCAGACCACUAGCAAUGAAAAAAGAGGGAAUUCAGACACGAAAGCGAAAACCUAAGAACCUCAGCAAGUCAAAGACUCCAACAGGACUAAAUGGCAGCGAUAGCCUCACUCCAACCACCAGCUCCACAAACUCCACUACCACAGAGGAAAUGCGUCCCAUAAAAAUUGAGCCAGGACUGUCACCUCCCUACGGCCAUUCCAGCUCCAUAUCUCAGGUGUCACCAUUAUGUUCAAUCACAAGCCACGGAUCUUCUCUUCACCACAUGACAGGCCUAAAGCUGUCCCCUCAGAGUCACCAUAUCAGCACAUCUCCACAAGGAAGUUCCAAACAUGACUCCUGGAACAAUAUGGUCCUAGCUUAACACCAAGCUAUAAUCUUUGCAGGUCAUUCACAUCCACAACUUCCUAACGUCACUUGAACAUUUACCUUAGGACUACAUUAUAAACUCCUCUCGCUAUGAAAACGAGCAAGUUUUCUAAAGACUCGAUCUUGUAAUAAAACUAAAACAAAAAAAAACAAAAACAAAAAAAAAGUAUAAGAAGAGAACUAUUAACAAAACUAAUUAAUUUAAGAUUUCUUCUUCUAGCAAAGACAUGUUUAUACAUUAAUGUGGCCUGAAUGUGGGAAGAUUUGUGGUAAGAUCUCACACAAAUCAGCAGAAGAGAAAAGCUACAGAAAGAUAUCAGAAGUGAGCAACAAAAUCCACAAAGACCACUGAAGAUCUCACAACAGUGGAGAUAUCAAAGUUGAUGUUGUACAAGUUAUGGAGAUAAUGCAUUUUUCUGAUUGGCCAAGAGAGGAAACUGCUAAAGGCUGCCUGCCGCAAAACUUUCUAUAUGGGCAACAUUUGCACAUUUAAGCACAGCCGUUUAAGCUUUCAAUUGUAAUUUGUAAACCUGUUUACCCCUGUAAAAAAAUAAUUAUAAAAUCAUAUAUAUAUAUUAGGUUUAGAUAAUAAUGAUGAAGAUUACAUGACUGACCAUGUUUGGUUUCAAGUGAACAUCUAUCAUGCAUCUCUCUUUGAAAGGAAUCCUGUCCUGGAGCGUUUUGCUUAAAUCAUUUUGUAUCACAUACUUCAUUUGUUAGCUGAAGUUAUGUGGUAACCUUGAUUAAAAAAAUAGUUUUUUUUUUGUUUUUUAUUUGUAAAUUAAUGUCAUUUUAAUAAAUUUAAUGCACAUAUUUGUUCUGAUUCCUAGAUACGUAUAAAUAGGCUGUUUAUUCAAGAGAUAGAUUGUCCAACAAUUGUCUUUUAUUCUGCACUGAUUGGGUAGAAAAAAAUACUUCUUCCAGCUUAUUUAAAUGGAUAUAAGUAAUAACUGGCCUGUAUAAAUUCUUAGUUAAACCUACACUGCCUCUGUGUACAAACAUUUAAACAUCAUCAUUUAUCAGCAAUUGUUUGCAAAAGACCUACAUACAAAAUAUUUAUUUAAAAAACAUUAAAAUUGUCACUUUGUUAGCACCAUCUCCAGUUUUACAAAUCAGUAAUAAAUCACUUGAAAAUCCUGGUAAAUAUAUUUAACUUCCCUGAUUGUGGAGAAUUAAAGGGCCAUAAUACCCAAAUGUUGAAACACUUGAAAGUGCUGCAGCAUAGCUGUAAAAAGCUGACUAGAAAAUAUCACCUGAACAUCUCUAUGUAAAAAAGAAAGAUAUUUUACCUCAAAAGUUCCUCAGUAGCCACAUUAAAUUGUAAAGGAUUUCUAAACAGCAAUUCAGUAUGUCUGUCCCGGCACAGCCGAAGGGAUGAGCCUUGUGCACUCUCAUGUUAUUUCCCUAUUCAGUUUAAAGGAAGUUUACUAUGAAAUUUAAUAAGAGUUAAGUGAAAUCUCAUGAGAUCACAGUAAAAAAGUUCAUGACCUCAGCACUGUUGAUGCUGAUUGGCUGCUGUUCAUUUCUUCAUUUUUUUUUUCCUGCAGCUGGAAGCAGCUGAGUAUAACUUUUUACACAGAACUUACUCUGCUGAGCUGAGGCGAUUGUGAGGUAAAAUAUCUUCCUUUUUUACAUAGAGAUGCUCAAGUGAUAUUUUCCUGUCAGCUUUUACAGUUUUACUGCAUCAAUUUCAAAUGAUUUAGCAUAUGAGUAUUAUGUCCCCUUUAAUGCUAGCUGUAAAUGAGUUUGUGACUGCACUACACUAUCACUGAGUAGAAUGUAAUCAUAUCAAGCAAUUUGCAGCAUACUAAGGUUACAGAAUUUGAGUUUUCCCUAGGGUGCAUUGAUCUAAUUAUUUUCCCAAGGUGAUUUACAGGAAAAGCAAACAAAAUAGGAAAAUUAAUAUAUUAUAAUGUAUUAUUAAUGGGGAAAUUCAUUUUUAAAGUUAAUAUCCCUUUAUAUAUUACAACACACUAUCAAUAGUGCUAAAAUCCAGAAAGUAGCUGUUCAAAAAUACUCAAUAUGUGUUAUAUAUAUAUUUAAUCUUAAAAAAAAAUCUAUUUUAAUUCUCUCCACUAGUAAGAAACAUACAACUCAUAUUGCUAUUUUCUGUCAAGUCAAUUCAAGCUGCUCUUAAAGGGAUAGUCUAGUCAAAAUUAAACUUUCAUGAUACAGAUAGGGCAUGUAAUUUUAAGCAGCUUUCUAAUUUAUUACUAUUAUUCAUUUUUCUUCAUGCUCUUGCUAUCUUUAUUUGAAUGUAAGCUUAGGAGUGCUUGCUGAUUGGUGGCUACAUUUAGACACCAAUCAGAAAACGCUACCCAGAUGCUGAACCAAAAUGGGCUGGCUGCCUUGCUUACAUUUCUGCUUUUUCUCUUCAGCAAGAGAAUGAAGAAAAUUUGAUAAUAGGAGUAAAUCAGA